AUGGGAAAGCAAGUUAUGAAAACAAUAUUGUCUGAAAUACGUGGAGCAAAAUUUUAUUCGAUUUCUGUUGACUCUACUCCAGACAUAUCUCAUGUUGAUAGGCUGUCAUGUGUCUUUCGAUAUGUUUUGAACGAUGGCCCUAUAAAAAAAUUUGUGCAAUUUUUAAGCAUGAAAAGACAUGGGGCAGAAGAUUUGUUUAACAGUUUAUACAGCUUUCUUGAAGAAGCAAAGUUGGAUAUAAAAUAUUGCCGAGGUCAGUCCUACGAUAAUGCUAGCAAUAUGGCAGGAAAAUAUUCAGGGUUAUCAGGGUGCAUCAGCUGUAAACUGCGUGACAACACACAUUCUGCAGCAACUAAAGCAUUGGGCAAAGGCUUUAAAAAUGUUAAGAAAGUGUUAGAGAACAUUGCUGAGGACCCCGAGGAGAAGGUUGAAGCUCGCACUACAGCUGCAGGAAUUGCAAAGAAGAUGGAUCAGUUAGAAUAUGGAAUUUUAUUAGAACUCUGGACACCCAUAUUAGAUUGCUUUCAUAAGACCAGUUUAAAACUGCAAAGUCCACAACUUGAUCUAAAUAAGGCUGUUCAACUGUUAACUUCACUAAAAGAAUAUGUAAAUUCACUUCGAGCACAGUUUGAUUUCUUUGAGAAGAAAGGAAAGGAAAUAACAGGGUCAACUUCUUAUAAAGAAGAGAAUCAGAGGAAACGAAAGCGAAGUGUUCAAUUAACCCGUCAUGAUGGAUCAGCUGAUGAAACAGUGUUUUCGACACAGCAGAAAUUUCGAGUCAUGGUUUUCUUGCAGGUACUUGAUCACUUGAAUUCAGCAUUAUGUAAACGAUCAGAGGCAUACAGUGGUGUAUGUGAUAAGUUUGGUUUUCUGAGAAACAUUCGAUCACUGGAACAGUCUGAUUUGCGAAGAGCCAGUAGAAACUUGAUAGAUACUUAUGUAGAUGAUUUGGAAGAGUCAUUUGAAGAUGAAAUACUUCACUUCAAUGAAUAUUUGUUAGCUGAUACGUACUUGCAACAGAAUGAGAAAGAACUGAAAUGUAGCAUAGAGCUGUAUAUGUAUCGGGCUUUGAGAAACAGCAGUGCACUACAAGAUAUAUUUCCAAAUGUUGCCACAGCACUUCACAUAUACCUCAGUUUGAUGAUCACCAACUGCAGUGAUGAAAGAUCAUUCUCUGCAUUGAAACGGAUAAAAAACUAUCUGCGAAGUGCUUUGGGUGAUGAUAAACUGAAUUCCCUUACUGUUAUGUGUACUGAAUCUGACAUCCUAAGAAGCUGUGACUUCAAUGAAAUUUUAUCAGACUUUGUUGAACGAAAAUGCAGAAAAAUGAAUUUUUGA